CUGUAAACUUGCACCUGAAAAUGUGUGGACGUCAUCUUCUAGUGUCAGUUUUUACUGUGGAUGGCUGCUGGAAUAUUACAAUGUUCAUUGGGUUAUGACGAAGACCUUCUCUUCACAACAAUUGUCAGAUGUGGAGAGGCCCCCCAAAUAGAGAAUGGGCAUAUUGUGGAGCGCAGCCUUGGGUAUUUGAAGUAUCAGUGCAGUCCUGAGUAUAUUCUUCAUGGUAUCAACACAGUGCAUUGUUUUAACAACGAAUCAUGGUCUGAAGUGCCCCGCUGCAAAGCCGCUUCAGCCCCCACUGGGUCAGACGACAGCCAUCAGCAGAUGUUCACUCAUGUCGACAAAUGUGGCUCCCCUCCCACAGUAAACAAUGCAGACUUUGAGGUUGAUCCAGGUCAGAUGUUUGUGACAUAUCAAUGUAAUUACUGGUACAAACUAAACGGAACCAGUAUAAUGAGAUGUCUGAAUAACCAAUGGACUCCACCACCCACCUGUAAAGUUGACUUCUGUGAGCUGGAUACGUUUAAAUAUCGUGAUCUGGUGAACACGGGCAAUAUUCAUAUUAAAGCUGGAACCGCAAUGAAAUUUUCUUGUUCUGGUAAUACAUGGAAGACUGCACAGGCUGUGUGCAAUGAAAACAAGGAAUUGUAUUUGUCUGCAUGUUGUUGGAAGGCAACCCAUAACGUGGGCCUCUGUGGUUACACACGAAUAUAUAACCAAGAAACCCAGACUCAAGAUCAGUAACAAUAAAAAGAUCAACUUAGAUGGUCAUCUCAUUUAUGUGACCAAAACAUGUCUGAACGACCAGCAUUGUCUUCAUUAACGCUUUAAGACUGAAGUACAAGUGCUAAGCCUGUCCUUAGUACACACUGGCUCUUGUUUAGCUAAUUUUGAAGUUUUGUCCCUGUUCAAACUAAUGCUUUUUUUUUUUUUUUUUUCCCCAAAUAGCACAAUAAAGCAUAAUAUUUCAACACAUUUCUUGCCUAUAUUGA